GAACAUCGUUCUCUAAAGGUUAGCAUUCCUCCGUCUUCUGUGUUUGUUAUCGCAUCUCACCUCUUUAGUUCUCUUCCUCUCUUUUGCUCUUCUUCUUCAUCAUCAUCAUGAAGGUUCUAGUCUGCGGAGGCGCGGGAUACAUCGGCACCCACUUUGUGCGCGAGCUGCUGCGCCACUCUCGCCACGAAGUCGUGAUCGCCGAUAGCCUCGAGGCGGCGCACGGCUCCGACACCCACGUGGACACGGCGAAGAACUAUCUUCUCAAGAACCCAGGGGCGAACCUCGACGACGCGAGGAAGGGCGGGCGCCGUUUCGCGACGCUGGAGGUGGGGGAUGUGCGCGACGUGGGCUUUCUCGAGCACGUCUUCACGGCCCACGCCCCGAUCGACGCGGUGGUGCACAUGUGUGCGUACAUCAUGGUCGGCGAGAGCGUGCACGACCCGCUGCGGUACUACGACAACAACGUCAUUGGCAUGCUGCGCAUCCUGCAGACAAUGCACAAGUUCAAGUGUGACAAGCUCAUCCUGUCCAGCACGGCUGCCCUCUUCGGCAACCCGUACGCGCGCAUCAAGGCGGGGGCGACGGACGAGCCGGAUCCGAUGCUGCCGAUCCACCCCAAUGCGAAGCGCCUGCCGGAGAGUCCCUACGGCACGACGAAGCUGGUGGACGAGUACAUGCUGCAGGACUGUGCGGUGGCCUACGGUAUUAAGAGCGUGUGUCUACGCUACUUCAACGCCUGCGGGGCGGACGCGGAGGGCGACAUCGGCGAGACGCACGAGCCGGAGUCGCACUUGAUCCCGCUGAUUCUGCGCGUGCCGCUGGCGGACAAGAUCAACGCGUACAACGCCGCCCACCACCCGGAGCGCGCGAAGGUGCGUGAUUUCAUCUCCAUUUUCGGCACCGACUACCCCACGCCAGAUGGCACCUGCAUUCGCGACUACGUGCACGUCAAGGACCUAUCGUCGGCGCACGUGAAGGCGCUCGACUACCUGGCGAAGCUGACGCCCGCCGACAAGGACAAGUUCUUCAGCACCUUCAACCUCGGCACCGCGAAGGGCUACUCCGUGCGCGAGGUGAUCGAGGCGGCGCGUCGCGUGACCGGCCAUCCUAUUCCGGCGAAGGAGGAGCAGCGCCGCGAGGGCGAUCCGCCGGUGCUCGUCGCCUGCGGGGAGGAGGCGGCUGCCGCGCUGGGCUGGACGCUAGAGUACGACUCCAUCGAUAAAAUUAUCGAGUCCGCGUGGAAGUUCCACAGCUGCCACCCCAUCGGCUACGAGGGCUCGGACGGCGGGAAGCACAGCCAUUAA